ACGGCUGAUCCUUCUAACUUUAGUCGUCGACAUAUCUCAAGAAAACCCUCCGAUUUUCUCAUCAAUGGCCUGGCGAGGUUCGCUUUCCAGAUCUCUCAUGUCCACCGCGAGGGUCUUCAACUCAUCUCCCUCGCUCUCGGCCUCCCGGAGCCUCCGUCCUCCGCCGCUUUCUGCCCCUCGCAUCCAAGUCCGCAGUCGCUCUUUCUCAAACCCCAGGCACUACAAUUUCAAAUCUUUUACUUGGAAUUUUACCAUCUCUUUUGGUAUUUUGCAUAACUAUUUUCUAAGAAUUGGGGAACUGGGAUGUGCCCAGUCGCUAAUGCCACUGGCUACCGGAGUACGGCUGACUUCUCAUUUGUCUGUCAAAGUGCUAGCUUGCUCUGAGUUGUCGCACGGAAUGGAAAAGAUGGGUGAUGUGAGCAGUGAUUUCCAUCAAAUCAAGAGCAGGAUAAUGGUUUGUAGGCACUUGAAAAUGGAUCGUGGGAGUUGCACAGUGUUUGCUGAAAGAUGUGUUUCUCAGACAAUUGGUGCCCCUGAGGUCUUCUGCUCCGGGUUCUGCUCGAACACGAGAUACUUGGCCCUC